CUUGAAUCAGUUCAUUGUAAGCUCAAAUAUUUGUAUUCUGCUGCACUGAUCAGCGCUCGACAUAAGUUGACGCUUGAGACUAUCAUUUGGGUCUCUUUGUUCUUUGAUCUACCUGCAGGCAUGGGAACUCGCGGGUACUACGUGCUCCGUUAUCGGAACUUGUAUUUCGCUCAAUACCACCAUCGUGAUAGCUAUCCAGAUGGGCUUGGCGUAAAGGCUCUUCAGUCUAUGCAAUACCCCAGUGCUAUCACGACCCAUCGGCAGGUGUUGGGAGAAAUCUUAGACGGGUUGGAAAGCCCUUCGCUUUAUCUAGUAUUGAUUGAAGGUGGUGAAGAUCUCUUGCCCCCCUCCAGGGUGCGGCUAGAAAUUGACAUCAUGAUCGAGUGGGUCUACGAAAUCGAUCUUGAUCGCAAUAUCUUCCACAUAAAUGGGAUGCCUUUUUUUUCCUUGGAAUGCCUUCCAGACGAUGAGGAUUUUAUCCAAUACAUCUCCAAAGAUCAUUAUGGCAACCUAGCUUGUGCAUCACAAUGCCCCCCUGAGCACAGGUACAAGAGGCCAACACCGCCAACCGUCGACAAUUCUGACCUCGCGACGUACCAAUCUUUUUUGUGUACCGGAUCUCAUGUGGCUUUGAGCGACCUGCUCGCCAUUAAUUACUUCCUGUCUCCAGACGAGCAUAUUCGGGUCUCAUUACUAGAGGUCAUGGUUGGGCAGUGCAUGAUUAACCCAGCCAUUGGCAAGGACAUCUACGACAUUGAGCUCGUAUCUGAUCACAAUCAACUCACGGACGACCAAUGGUCAAUCGCUUGCUUCAUGGCCAGCAUUGCAUUUGUUCCUCCGAUAUUCGACCAUAUCACGCACGCUUGCCAUCCCGAGCCGAGCCGAAAAGAGUUCACAUGGGUUCGCGAAGACACUGUUGUUUGCAUCGCAACACAUCUAGAUGACGAGCGAUGCCUACAGGCCUCUGUGUCACGCCUGAUCAAUGAGAUCACGGAGCAGAAGGAUAAUUCUGGUGAUUACUUUGGAAUUGCGUUUUCCGUCUACCAUUGUGCACUCGUCAAAGUCGUCAAAGAUGCACACACGGUGACAUUCAGCCAUACGAACGCCCUCCAGUUUUUACCAUCAUUCUACGCAGAUUCACCUUCUACACCAGGCAUCACUGCUCUCGCUCGUCUUGGCUUCGCAUCGACCCCCGCACUCUUUGAGCGCGUGGUGGAAAUUUGCCAUUACAAUCGUCCCAUGACGGGGGAAUCGCUCUCUGAGGGAGCUGAUGGCAGUAAUGAUGUGCCAUCUAACAUCACAUGUCCACCGCUGCCUCCCGAGCUUGGAAAGAGAUUGCCCUUCAUCUCCAUCCCUCUGAACUCAUCCCCUUCGGGUUGGUCUCAAAACUAUUCCGUGAAUUUAAAGAUAGACCAUCGGAGAGUCUGGCCGCUCCGCUCAGUGUUGGAGGUAUCCUCGCUUUGGGUACUCUUUCAGCCACUUCCUGAGGAGCUCGCGUGGUGACUAGAGACCCCAUGUUGUGACUUGUUGCCUAACGCCUUCAAUCUGGGAGCAAACAUGGCCUUGACUCCCAUGUAGUUAAUGUAUCAUACUAAGGCACCGCUACGAGUUAGACGAUUGUCAAGUCAAGUUCGCAAUGCCAUUUCUUUUUUUACGUCA